GAGCUGCUGUGCAGCCGCGAACCGGAUGCCGCAAGAGGUCGGGGGAUGCAGCAGCCUAGGAAGGGCAGGGAUCCUGUCCACGUUCCCCACGCCUUCUCCCACAACCAUGAAGGACUACACAGAGGUCAUCUUCCAGCCGGAGGAACUGGAUCAGAGCAAGGAAAAUGCCAGCCCCCUGGCUCCACCUUUGCCGCGGUUCUUGCUAACAGAAUUCUCCAACCCCGUGUUUGAGGAGGAUGGCGAGGCACCAGCCCAGAGUCAGCCGGACGUUGAGAACAGAAACAGCACCAAACUCUCUGCCAACGGCUUUGCCCAACAGGUCCGGGACAUGGCAAGCAGGAAGUUCAAGCCAGACUGCAAGUUCUCCUGGCUCUGCGUGGCCAUUCUCAGCACGGUGCUUCUUCUCCUCCUGGCCUUAUUAGUGGGCAUCAUCAUCGCCUCCCAGCUGAAGUCCCACCAUCCCGUCAAACCCUCGCUCGGGGCUUCUCAUGCCCACACCAUCACCGCUACCUCAACUCCUAUCACCAGGACCUCACCAAGCCCCCAGCCCACAGGGACGCUAUCCCAGGGAGGAGAGUCGCCUGUUACCACAAUGCCAGCACCAUUAUGUGGAGGGAUCCUGCAUGGCCCCAAGGGCACCUUCACCUCCCCAAACUACCCAGCCCCCUACCCACCAAACAUCUUGUGCAAGUGGCACAUCCGGGUGACGGCAGGGAUGGCGAUCCAGCUGAAGGUGGAGGAGCUAGACAUUGAGAGUUCUGCCUCAUGCCUGUAUGACCGGCUGGAGAUAUUCAAGGAGCAGGACGCUUCCUCGUUGUGGGAUGGAAGUACCAGGUACUGUGGUUCCGUGGCACCGGCAACGAUCAACACCAACUCCAGCCAGCUUCAGGUCAUCUUUGUCUCAGAUGACAACAUUGCUCCCUCGGGCUUCACUGCCUGGUAUCGGGCCAUUCUGCCCAGUGAAAAGAACUGUUCCUGGGAUGAGUUUCUCUGUGACCAAGGGCUCUGCCUCCACUCGGCCUACGUGUGUGAUGGUUAUCACGACUGCCAUGACAAGAGAGAUGAAGCCAACUGUAGCACAAAGCACAAAGGUUGUGGGGGGACCCUCACCAGCAUGGAAGGGCAAUUAUUCUCCCCAAAUUACCCACAGCCAUACCCACAUCUGCAGCUCUGCCUCUGGCAUAUCUCAGUGCCCGUGGGCCACGUGGUGGACUUGCAUUUCCACAACUUCAGCCUCGAGUCCCAGGAGGAGUGCAACUAUGACUUUGUGGAGGUGUACGACAGCGCUGGGAUGGGAGCAACCAGCGUCAUGGGCAGGUUCUGCAGCUCUAACUUGCCCCCUGUCCUGACCUCCUCACAGCACGUCAUGACAGUCCUCUUUGUGGCGGACGAAGGAAUAGCUGACAACGGGUUCUUUGCCACUUACCAUGCCCACAACGCCACGGAAAAAACAUGCAGCCCCCUGGAUUUCUCCUGCAGAAAUGGCGAGUGCCUGUCUCAGGCAUUGGUGUGUGAUGGCUGGCACAACUGCCCAGAUGGGAGCGACGAAUUCAACUGCACCAGCCUCACCUAUGCAUCUUUCGAGCCGUCCUGUGAGCCGAUUGAGGUGGAGAUGUGUUUGGGUCUCAGUUACAAUGCCACCUCUUUCCCCAACAUCUGGCUGACCAUUAUGGAUCAGCAAGAGGCAGAAGAGCAUCUCGAAGACUAUAUGAUGCUGAAAGACUUCUCUUGCUACCCAUCUCUGCGCUUGCUCCUGUGCAGCCUCUUCGUACCCAAGUGCACCCCGGACGGGGGCAUCCUCCAGCCGUGCCGCUCUGUGUGCCUGGCAGCCGAGCAGAGCUGCCAGCAAUCCCUCAGCCUUCUGGGUCUCCCGUGGCCCCUGAACUGCAACGUCCUGCUAGAUUCCAACAACCCUUUGGAGUGUUUCCUGCCAUAAAAGGGGCUGCCCCGCUCCGUCCACAUCCUCUACUUCACCUGCUGUGUUGCUGAACGCUCCUCUCGUUGCCCAGCUUGGUGGGAGACCUUUUGGAGGCCGCCAGUUCCCGAGCGUAAGUUCCCCAUCAGAAGAAAUCCUCCACCAGAAGGCCUUGGGAUCUGAGCUACAAUGCUUUGUAGGCUACCCACUGACGAACGUCUCUCCAAGGAACCGGUGGAAUCUGAGCAACAGGAGGACAAUUUGCAGUUUGGGGGUUGAGUUUUUAGAUUGUAAGCACCUUGGGUAAGAGGCCUGUCCUCGUACCCUUCAUAAAGUUCUAUGCGCCUUGAUGGUGCCCAUAUAAAUAACUUGGAUAAUAACAUAUCAGAGGCUGCAGGGGGCUUCCAUCAUAAUUAGAGCUGCAAUAUUUAGCUGAUUGG